AUGCUAAUGGUUUUGGAUCUGCAGAAUGCACAGUUUGUACUUACACAAAAGGAUAUCAACAACAUCUGGUUGUUGCACCACUUGAAGUAUGUGAAUGUUCGGUGUCCAGGAUAUCCAAAAUUUCAUGCACUUCCAAGAUCAAUUGGAAAACAGAAGGGCUUGCAAGUUUUGGACUUAAGAGACACUCGAAUCACAACAAUACCAACCGAUAUCAGUAAACUCAAAAAUCUCCGUAGCCUCCGUUGUAGUAAAAGCAGCUACCGCAAUUUUCGUCCAUAUCGUAAAUAUUUUCCUCGACUUAUGAAGAAUGGAAGAUAUUCAUUUCACGAGACAAAAGGUGUGAAGGUGCCAAGAGGCAUUGGCAAUUUAAAUGAGUUGGACAUACUUGAGGUUGUGGACCUCAGACGAACUAGUUGCAAAGCAAUUGAAGAGCUCGGAGAGCUUAUACAGCUAACAAAAUUGAGUGUGACAAUAAAAAAGGUUACAAACAAAAAAUGCAAAGUAUUUUGUGCAGCCCUCCAGAAGCUGUUUUCACUUCGCUCUCUGAGUCUGGAUUCUAUUAGUAAAUUUGAAGUGGGUACACUUAAGUGCCUGGAUCGUAUUUCCUCCCCACCUGCACUCUUGAGGACCUUCAGAUUGCGUGGACAUCUCGGAAAGAUGCCAAGCUUGUUUGGUAAUCUUAUGCACUUAGUGAAGAUUUACUUAGAGGCAAGUGAACUAGAGGAAGGUCAGCCCAUGGAAAUAUUAGGAGCACUGCCCAGCCUCAUGCUCCUUCAUCUUGAUUACAAAUCUUAUGUCGGGGAGAAACUAGUGUUCACAGAGGAAGCAUUCCCAAAUCUCAGAAGACUAUAUGUUUCCCAGUUGUGGAAUGUGAAGGAGGUGAUGUUUGAGGAGGGAUCCUCGCUCCAGAUGGAAAGGAUACAAAUCUGGGAUAUCGGAAGGGGCGCUCAGAUUGUUGGUGUCAAGCACCUUCCAAUUAUCAGGGAGAUCAAAUUUGGAAAAACAUAUGUACAUUCGCCCAAAGUAGUAGCUGAUAAGCUGCAAGAGGAAGUGAGCGUGCACCCCAAUCACCCCCUGCUGCUACUGGAGUAG